GCUACAACACAGAGAGUCAACAGGCUGGACGGAGGGACGGAACAGCACUACGACUGGAUAACAACAACAAACCUGAAGGCAACUCACUUUAGACAACUUUUUUUUUUUCUCUCUCAUGAAAAGCUUUCUUUGACACUUUUAUUUUUUAUUUUUUUAUGAUUGUUUCAUUUGAUUUUUACCGGCUUGGGAUGUGACUUUCAGUGUAGACUUUUUCCCAGACGGAGCUCUGUUUUUACCGGACAUAUUCAUCUCGUAUUGGCGCACAUUUCAAAGGCGAAGUAGCUACUUUUGAGUUCGUCUCAAAUACAUGACAUUUUAACCCUCGGCUCCGUCACCUCUCGACCAUGGCGGAAGCGGCCCAGCAGCCACACCUGGUGGAAAUCGACCCGGAUUUUGAGCCCCUCUCGCGGCCCCGGUCGUGCACUUGGCCCUUGCCCCGGCCGGAGUUCAUCAACCCGGGAGACUCCAACACGUCCUCCCCGGUGCCCUCUGUGAAGCAGGAGCCAGGAGCAGGAAACAACGACUUCAUCAACAACCUGAGCCUGCUGGAGGAGACCGAGGACUUCGCGGAGCAGAAGCCGGUCAUCCUGUGCACUGAUUUCCAGUGUCAGGAGAACUGCGUCCACCAGCAACCUCCACAGCAACAUCAGCAGCAGCAGCAGCAGCAACAUCAGCAGCCGAACCCGCAACUCCCGCAUCACCAUCAUCAACCACAGCAUCAGCAGCAGCAGCAGCAGCAGCAGCAACAGGUGCCUCUGCUCUCCUCCCCGGUCGGCUCGUCCACCUCGGCGGCCGCUGCUGCCGCCGCUGCCCAGAGGAAGAGCAGCUCCUCCCGGAGGAACGCGUGGGGGAAUAUGUCAUAUGCAGACCUCAUAACCAAAGCUAUCGAAAGUUCUCCUGAGAGCCGGCUGACUCUGUCUCAGAUCUAUGACUGGAUGGUGAAGAGUGUGCCUUAUUUUAAGGACAAGGGAGACAGCAACAGCUCUGCAGGCUGGAAGAACUCCAUCAGACACAACCUGUCGCUGCACAGCCGCUUUGUUCGCGUGCAGAAUGAGGGGACGGGAAAGAGCUCGUGGUGGAUGCUGAAUCCGGAAGGGGGGAAGAGCGGCAAGUCCCCGCGACGCAGGGCCGCCUCCAUGGACAACAACAGCAAGUUCGCGAAGAGCAGAGGAAGAGCAGCGAAGAAAAAGCUGUCCCUGCAGGGCGGCCCUGACGGUGGAGCAGACAGCCCAGGCUCCUUCUCCAAGUGGCCCGGCAGCCCAAAUUCACACAGCAACGACGACUUUGAUGCCUGGAACAGCUUCAGGCCUCGGACCAGCUCCAACGCCAGCACCCUGAGCGACCGCCUCUCCCCCUUCAUGCCUGAGGACGACUUCGCCGAGGCGGAUGUGCACAUGGGCUACCCAGGAGCCCCUGGGGCCAAGAUGACAGCCACGCUGCCCAGCCUGACGGAGAUGACGGGAUCUCUGGGUCACAGCUCUGAGAAUGUCAUGGAGAACCUCCUGGACAACCUCAACCUGCUUUCUCCCAAAAACUCACAAGUUGGAGGAGGUGGGACAACCCCCUGCUCCUCCCAGUCCUCACCCUCUAACAUGAUGCAGCAGAGCCCAGGGUACCCUGCGUACAGCUCCCCCAACAUGGCCCCGCAGCCCCAGCAGGAGUACCGCAAGUGUGUGUAUGGCCAAGCGGGUAUGAACACGCUGUCGUCCAUGCCGCUGCAGACGCUGCAGGAGAGUAAACCCAGCUUUGGGCCAGGUCUGGGACAGUACAGCUGCGCUGCAGGGCUUCUGAAGGAGCUGUUGACAACAGACACAGACCAGCAUGGAGACCUCAUGCCCUCAGUGGACUCAGUGGUGUCUCAGUCCAGUGGGGGCUGCAUGCUGCCGCCAUACAGCAGCAACCAGCACCCGGCUAAACUGAUGGGAGGAGGAAACGGACACCCACACGCUCUCUCCCACACUCGCCCUCACAAUGUCCACAACCAGGCCCCAUUAGCAUCACCCGCAAUGAACGGACGUCUGCUCAUGCCCCUGAGCCACAGCGGGGUCACCACUCUUUUGCCUUCAGCCAAAAGCCAGAUGCAGAUGCCUUAUGGCCUCUCCAGCCACCUGAGCGGUGGAGGAGGGAUGCCCGGCGGAUUCUGCCCGCUGAAUACCAAUGGAUACGGACGACCUGGUCUACCACAGCCCUCACACACCGAGAAGCUGCCCAGCGACCUAGACGACAUGUCCAUCGAGAAGUUUGAGUUUGACAUGGAGACAGUCCUCCACGACACUCUGAUGGACGGCGCCCCCUUGGACUUUAACUUUGAGCCGAUGGUGACCCAACAAGGUUUCCCCCACGGAGUGAAGACCACCACACACAGCUGGGUGUCAGGGUAGAAAAGUUCUGUUCAACUAACCUGUUGUUGCUGUUUGGUUGAAAAACAUCAGAACUUAAACGGACAGACUUAAAGGAUCGUACAAACUUUAACGUAGUUUCUACGCCAUCAACAUUUCUUUAUUUUUCCUCACAAUACUCUUCAGAUCUCGUCAGGAGUCUGAAAGCGGCUGGGUCAUCUGAGAUCUGAGACUUCAUCUCCAUUAGUGCCCCUGAACUGGUGAAGAUAAAAACUAUCACAUAUAUGUACAAACUUAGUGCCAAACUGUUUGCCUUAAUAUAAGAGCCAAACUGAAACACACCUCUCUGGUUUACUCCUUAAGGUCAGUGAUAGCAGCAUCACAAUCUGUACAAGUGUUUGAACUCAUACUGUGCUGUUUACUGUGUUUCCACAAUCAAACUUCAUGUACGUACAGAGUAGUGAUAAGUGAUUACCACUACAGGAGGAAUAUGAAGGUAAUCUGGCAGACUGACAUGAUGUAAAGUUAGAGACUUCUCAAGGGAUCCUCGGAUGAUGUUACACAAUAACUCACUUUGUCAUUGCCUGAAUGUACAUAAUGUCAUUGUACACUUUGUAAGAUCAGUUCAUGUAGUGAAUUUUUUUUUUUUUUUUUAAAGUAUGUAAAUAGUGUUUACAGAGCGGAAGCAAAAACCAAGGCAGCAGAAAUGAGCUCACAGAAAAAAAAAAAACUGGAUCCGAUUCUUGUUAAACCCACGUCUGUGUUUGAGGAUUCUUCUUAAUGAGGCUGUAAAACAUGAAUAACCUUUCUAAUUUCUUGUACAUAAGUUAAGAAUGUAUAAUAACAUGAUGUAGAAGAUGUUUACUAGAUUAAGUAUAUAUUUGAGACUAAAUUAUUUGUGGUAAAUAUAUAAAUUUAUGCUGGUGCAUUACCUGCACUCAGGCAUCAGAAAUGUUCAGAGUCGUUUUUCACUCUUGACCUUAAUACCACAGAGGCCUGUUUAUAGUGCCUGACACAGCAGAUUUAGAGUUUUUUAUCGUCAUUUUUAUGGUCCAGAAGAUGCUCAAAUCCAGCAGUUUUAAGAAGUACAGUGAAUUCUUUAUCCACAGUGUCCUUGUUUUGACUUUUCUGUAGGAGUGAAGAAGAAGUGAGUAAGAGUAGGUCGUUUGAGUAAGGGUUUCCUGAACGCAUCACAGCGCUCUGAAUGUGAAGAGGUCGAGGCUCGUUGGUGGAUAAAAGAUAUUCUCAGUGAUACUGUUGUUGUCACAAAGAGGCUGAGUCCAAGACAUGUCUGUGACUGUCGCUAGAGACACUGAGAUAGCAGCCUGACCCCCGCUUCAGCUUCAGAAUCUUUGGACUUCUCUGUUUGGUCUCUAGGUUUUUCGCGUGACUGACCGAUGUAACUCAAAGUUGCUUUCUGCAGAAUCCACUUUUUCUGCUUUUAGUGAGACUCUACUUUCACUCUGUCCCUCCUACCUCUACCUAUCUGUGUCUUUUUCAACAUUUUAUAUAACCCUGACACGUGACUUGAUGGCUCCAAUCAUCUUUUAAAUAACAAGUCUGAUCAUUUUUUUUUUUUAAGAUGCCCUUGAGAAGCGCCACUAAGUGUUAAGUAUCUGAUCAUGCUUGUAUAUUUGCAUUUCUGACUGGCUUUUCUAAGUUCUUGCUGCGCUAACAAUGAGCUUGUCCGUUUAAACUGCCUUUUUGACAUGACAGAUUAUUGUGUGAUUAAUCCAAACACCACAUAUAUAAGUGGGUGUCUGAUUAUGUGUUGAUAAAUGCCCUAAGUAUGUUGGUUUGCAAUGAGGUGGGACUUGUGAUGAGUUCAGGGACAACAAGAGAGGAUGAAAAUCCAAGCUUACAUACUAGAGAGCAGUGAAGGCACAUGAUCGGACACAGCUGACAUUGAGAAAGACAGGGAGCAGAGCAGGUUUAAAAGAGUCAAAUUAAAUUGUUAACAUUUCAAAAGGCCCUCUAUGGACGCCGAGAAAGAAGCUGCUGUUUGGCUUUGGUGCCAGGUGUUGCCUUUUCUUACCCAAACAUGCCACAGUGUACUAUAGCCAAAUCUGCCUUUGAAGUUAAAGUGAUAUAUUUAGCAUUUCUAUCAUGUGAUAUGUUCAGAAUUAUAUAUAUAUAUAUAGAUAUAUAUAGAUAUAUAUAUAUAUAUAUAUAUAUAUAUAUAUAUAUAUAUAUAUAUAUAUAUAUAUAUAUAUAUAUAUAUUUGUGCCGGUCACUCAAGCCAGGAUAAACUGUAAUGAAUCCAUGUAGUUAGUGUCACAGGGUUCACUUUGAAAGUUAAAGAGCUGUACUAAGUAAAUUAUAUCUCUACAUUUUGAAAUGAUUGAAUCUAUGCAUUGUAUUUCUUAAUUUUGUGUUGCUAUUGAUAUAUUUUCUUUUCCCUUUGAAUUUAUGACAGAGAUAUUUUAUUGUAACAUAGCGCUGUGAGAUAUUAAUGGUGUCGUUGUUGUCAAAACUCUAUGUUCCAGAUAGUUCUUCUAUGGGGAAAAAAUGAAGUUGAUUUAGAAAGUAGAUGAUGCAGUGAUUCAUAUGCUAAGCUUUUGUAAACUGACAAUGUUGUAUUUCUUGUAGUUUUUAGCUACAGUUUUUAGAAAAUAGCUUCAAAAAGCAAAUGACUAGAAAAAGUAAAAAGGUAUAUUGAAUUUUUAAAAAUGAAAAACUAAAUUUUUAGUCUGAAAUGAUGUCCUGCUCAGAACGCAGACUCUGGACCAAUUUUGUAAUUUUACGAGUAGAAAUAUAUAUAUUUCACUUUUACUUACAUUUUAUAACAAAGUGCUCCUCUGACACGAGGAAGAGUUCCCGUUACACAUUUGAAUAUCAAAUCUGUUACAUUUAACGUAUACACAGAUAUCAAUUGGGCUUAUGCUGUUUGAUUUGCAAUCAAUACCAAUAUGUUACUUGUUCAAUAUUAAUGUAUUAAGACCUGAAUAAAUGUACUUCUGUGUUAAA